CCGAUACCCUGCUGCUCCUAAUAUCAUUUUCAUUUUCCUUUGUACACACAUAAAUCUCUCUCUUCAGAUCUCACCGAAAUCAUUCCGUCUUCAUCAUCGUCGAACCUUUCAGAGAUCUCUGUUCCCGAUUUCUCCCUAGAUCUCAUUGUCACCCGUAAGGAAGAAGAGAUUUGGCUGUGAAGGAUAAUUUUAGGGUUUUUAAUGGGAUUUUUCUUCCAAUUUUUUUUUUUUGUAUCGAUUUGAAGUCGAUUUCGAAAUUCAUUGAAUAGAUUCGAUUAUGGCACAACAUCAUGAGAUAAAAUUAGGUCCGUUUGGACUAACUAACAAUGGAACACCACGAAGAAGAAGAAGAAGAAGUGGAGGAGGAGGAAGAAGAAGAAGCAAAAGCAAAAGGAAAUUCAAAUACAGCGUGGACGACAACGGCAGAGAAGAAUUACACUGAUGAAAUUAGAUCCUUCAUUGAUGAUUUUAUCAAUUUUGUUUGAUAAAAUCGAAGGUGGUAGUGUUCUUACUAAUGGAGGAGGGGAUUAUGUGCGGGAGAUGAUUUUUUUGGCAUUCAUUGAAGAAGAAGAAGAUGUAUAAACAGGUUGGAUAUAUUCUGAUCAGAAACGGCGAUGGGCGACCAUGGACAAUGUUUAGCAUGCAAAUAUCUGCGUAGACCAUGUUCAGAAGGGUGUCCUUAUAUUCAACUGUUCAGUACAUACUUCGAUGCACCAAAAUUCCAAAUAGGAUAUGCAGCUUCCAUUGCUGACAUACAGAAAAUAGAAGCCCGUAUAACGGAUAGCACGCUUACAUUUGAAGCAAAUGCUGGAGUGAAUGAACCUCUUGUUGGGGCAACAGGAAUCCUUUUAGCACUGCAUCAACGUAUGAGAGAAGAAGUUACCCGCUUUGAAACCAUUACAGGCAAAGGUGUGAACGUUAUUCCAGCAGGCACUAUGAAUCAUGUUAUCCUAAAAGAUUCAGAGAAAAUUGAGCAGCAACAUCGAGCUUGUCCAGCAUGCACCUAUCUACCGCAAAAGUGCAAGGUGGAUUGUCCAUUCGUUCCUUUCUUUGAAGCACGCAAAUCUAGAGAUUUCAUCAGAGAGUUUUGUACAGUACUUUGUGGCUCAACAGCUGUGUUGCCUGAUCACUCUAAUCUUCAGUCAGCUGAUGAAUUGAACAAAGCGGGUAUAACGGCUAAAGCAUUGGAAUUUGAAAGUAAAGCUAGGGUUCACGAUCCAGUUUAUGGGAUAACAGGAAUAAUUUUAUCAUUGUACAAGAACUGGUGGAACCUUAAUCACCAUGUUCGUUUGCUUGAGCAACGACAUCGGAGUGUGCAAAAUUUUCCUACUGUUCAAAUUGGUUCUUGCAACAUUCCUACAGAUAAAGGCAAAGGGAAUGUGACCCCAGAAUCCACAAAUGAAUGUUGUACUAUUGCAGAAUGGAUGGAUAUGGAAGAUGAUGAUGAGUCUCUUUACAGCAGAGAAGAAAAUGUUCAAGGCAUUCCACUAUUGAGUCAGCCAUGGGGGGCACUUGUUCAAGGCAUUCCACUACGAAUAUCAGAAAAUGUUCCUCAAAAUGUACCAUCACAGCUACAACGACAACUGUCAGCUCCUUAUAUUCAGCAAUCCACUUCAUCAUCACUAAGAGCACCCACUUCGUCUUCUCAAAGAAUGAGCAGCACAGGAAGAGCACUGCAAAGAGCCUCAACACCUCAACAACGAGAAGCUUGGGGACAACUUUUAGGUAGGCCACCUGUUCAGCACAUUCCUCAAAAUGUACCAUCAGAGCUACAACAACUGGCAGCUCCUUCUCAUAGUCAGCAAGCCGCUUCAUCAUCAUUGAGAGAGGCACCUUCGUCUCAACAAGGAAUGAGCAGUACCACAGGAGAAGCAAUAAAUAGAGCCUGGCAAAAUCUAACACGACAAGAACGAGAAGAACUAUUGCGUCAGACAUGGAAUCGACUUCCAGAUACGUCACAUGUUCAAAACCUUGUACAACGAUUUCCAGAUAGGCCAAGUGUUCAAGACAUUCUACAACGAACAUCACAGCGUGUUCCACACAGUGUAAUACCACAGCUACAACAACAACUGGCAGCCCCUUCUCAUGGUCAACUAGCCACUUCAUCAUCAUUAAGAGCGGCAACUUCGUCUCAACAAGGAACGAGCAGUAGCACAGGAACACCACCAACAAGUACUACAGACACUAUAUAAGCCUAUAAGGAACUGGUGAUAUGAUAUCAUUGAAGACUUUGAAAGUCUGUUGCAGCGCUAAAGUAAAUAACUGUUGAAGAAACGGAAAGAUCCGGCUAUGGGUGUUUCACCGAAAGAUGAACUUAGCUAGCCAAUUGACGCUAACCCAUUGUCAAUCGUAUUUUCAGCGGUAGUUUAGUAUGUAUGGUUGUUGUAGUGGCAGUAGUAACUUUGACGUUCUAGUUUACAUUCCUGCCUAUAUCAGUACCAUUCCCAGCUUUGAUCAUGUCUUCAGUACUUUUUAUCAUUUGGUUUUUUAUGUUUUGCUGAUGAAUCAUAUGCUACAAUGUUAUCCUUGAUUUCAUGAAGAACCAUAUGAGUUCCUUUCUCAGUA